GCGACGCGGUGGUUCCAAGCACACGAAGCCAGUUCUGUCGCAAGCUUCGCCGCGGCCGGAUGCGCGAGUGGGGUGGCCUGCGCGCCGGGGUGAAACUUGCAAGCUCCCCCUUUAUCGAGCUUGCAGAUGGCUGUGCCUUUUAGAUUUUGACGUGUCUUUCUGUUCCUCCCCGUUCGUACGUUCGCGUAGUACAACAUUCCAGUCGCGUUUAUCGUGCCGUUUGCUCCAUCAGUUUCCCGACGAUCAGCACCCCCGCCCAACAUGCCCAGGAAAGUCGGAUUUAACGUCGUCUACGCCACGAGCGAGGAGGAUAGGCAUUCGUCGUUAGAGCUUAAUGUUCACGGGCCGACGGUAAGAGGUUGGCAGAGUGCAAAGAACUGCACGUAUCCUCAGGAACUGAUUCUACGUCUUCAUGGCCCCACGAAACUUACAAGAAUACAAGUCUUGGCUCAUCAGUACCUUAUACCUGAGAAGCUGGAGAUCUGGACAUCGAGGGAGGAAAAUGCAUCCGCUUCGACAGACUUCAGUUACUUGGGCUACAUCACGCUGUCCGACAACGCGUCAACCCUUUACAAGAGCAGGGAGCUGAAAAGUGUGGCUCUUCCAGAAACGGAAGCGCUAUCUCUGAAGCUCAGGCUACACAAACCGCACAGUAACACGCACAAUACCUAUUGUCAGGUUGGCCUUAUUGCCAUAAAUAUACUAGGCGAGCCUUAUGGCCAGGAAUUAAUUGGACAGGGUGACGCCCCGUACAAUCCGCAUUAUAUCUCGCCUUACGAUGAUCUAGCGUUCGACAUGUACGUCGAUCGAGAAGUGGCCAAAAUCAUAAGACAGAUGGAAGUGAAAAAAUUGCUGGCAGUGGAAGAAGAGAGAUUUGAGUAUGCUUCAAAAUUGAAAGUGGCUAUGGAGAAUCUGAGAAAAGCGGGCGAGCGUCUGGGCAAAUACGAAUUGGAGAAGAAGUAUGCCAUAGCUUUGGAAGAUUACGAUAAGGCUAAAGCUAAAAAGGCCCAGGCCCAACAAUACAGACAGCAGGUUUAUCAAUCAUUGGAGAUACACAAUCUGCUUGAAGUCAACGGGCCUGUGGAAAAGAACAAUCUGACGACCGCAGAGGAAAAAGAGUCGACGUCGACUGAUGCUUCAAACACAGCUACGUUGCCCAACGACAUGACAUCUCCUCCGAGAUUGGUCAUUCCAUCAAAUCGCGAUGGUGCCGUGUCACCAACUGGUCCCGUAUAUCAACCGUCCGUAUCGCCGUUGCGACAAAAGUCUAACAGUCCUGAAGUAACUGACAGCCCUACAAAUGGUAUCCCUGAGAAGCAGAGCAACUGUAACAAGGGCUCUCUCCCUAGGCGAAAAGCUAAAUCAGCAGGCCCGGCCCUUCGAUCGAGUUACGAAGCCUACGAAGAAAGAACCAUCCCCGCUUUAAGACACUCGCACACAAACGAGUUUACGAGAGAGUGCCACCUGGACAGCGCAGAAACAAAAAUUACGUCUAAACUCAACGAUAGGGAGAAGAAACAGGCCGCGUUACCUAUUGCGGUUUUCGGGAUGGAAAUGGUAGAAAAGUUCUAUUCGAAGCAAUUCACGGACAAAGAGGAGGGAUUGAUGCAAUUAAAAGAGGAAUUGAAAUCGUUCGACUCGGCGAUUUCGAAACAUUCUCCAAAUAAAACAGCCCGGGCAGCGAUUCUGCUGUUGCACAGAGCUCUCAGGGACAAAGUCUUUAGCGUGUACAGUUUGGCCGCGCAGCUUAUUCGAGUCUUCUUUGCUGAAUUUGCCGCGGACAGAGUAUCUUCAACUGAGAUUGCCAGAAGCGUCGAACGUCUGCUGCCGGAACUUCUGACAAAAUCUGGAGAUACCACUCCGAGAAUACACAACAUGGCGGUACACACAAUCCUUAGCAUGGCAGAUUGCAAAUGCGUACGAGAGUUGCACAUAAUACCGGUGCAUUUGACCAGACCCGUCAACAGCAGCACGCACCAGAGGCUCGCGCUGAGCAGACUAGAGAUGGUGGAGCAAUUGAUGCUGAGCCACGGCAUCUCCACGGAGAAACAAAGGUAUUGUAACUGUUGUAGCGGGUUGACUUGUCGGACGUUAUCCGAAUUAGGUUCUUCCGGUCUGCACCAUCCAGCUGAGGCAGUACGAAAGGUCUCCGAGAGAAUUCUCGUAUUAGUAUAUAAGGUCAAUCCUAGAUUAGUGCGAAAGCAAUUGCCGCCUGACGACGACAUAACACGACGGAACCUGUUGUAUCGUCAACUGUUUCAUGAAUUCGAUUUGAUCGAUCUUCAGAGGAAAAAAGAAGUCGAAUCCACUCAUAAAGCAACAACGACACCUACGCGAAUUAGAUCUACGGAAAAUAAUGUAAGCAAUUUAACCAAGUCACCCUCGAGAUCGAGUCCAGUAGUGAGCACCGGGAGUUCAACGAGUAUCACAUCUCCGUCCGAAAACAGUAUCGAUCAUAAGGGAGAUAAAAUGUGCAUAUUUUGCCUGUCCAAGGGUCAAGUAUACUCUGAAGAAGGUCUGAAUAUACAUUACUGGAGAACUUGUCCCAUGUUAACAAAAUGUGAAGCGUGUAAGCAAGUCGUAGAAAUUUCCUAUUUGAACCUACAUUUGUUAAAUGAAUGCGACAUGAGGAGUAAUUACGUAAAAUGCGAUACAUGUAAACAGGCAGUGCAUGAAAAUACAUUUGAGAAUCACAGACAAGACAAAAAAUGCACAAAACCUAUAGAGGGAUACGAACGCUGUCCCCUUUGUUUUGCUUUAGUCAAUCAAAACAAAUGGAGGGAACACCUCAUGGGAGAACAUCCAUGUGUAAAUAAUCCACGAAGCAAGAACGGGAAAAGUUGUUCGAAAUCACCGUCUAAUUCGCAAAAUCUCAGCGGUAAGUUAACAUCGCCAACGGGUAGAGAUUAUUAGCAUCAGACAACCUCAAAGCCAACGGAGGAACUUCACAAGUUUUAGAGAAGGAAAUUUUGAUUUUAUUUAUUUUAUAGUAUAUGUAUAUGUUAUAUAUAUAUCAGCUAUCCAGUAUUUUACAUGUUUGUACCUACAUUUAAAUAAUUUUUAUAGCAAAACCCGUCCUUUAUUAGAGAUCCAUAUAGAGUGGAUUUUUAAUCGUAAGUUGGAAAUUCUGAUAUUUAAAAAAUUAGAUGACACGCUUUUUAAUUAAGCUAAUUUGCGGAAUCAUGUGGGAGACGUAUCUUAGCUAAGACGAGAAAUAUUAGAAGUUGUUAAUAGGUUUCCUUCUUUUUACCAUUGUUACUCCAAUGAUAUCUAAGAACUCAUGCAAAGAUACAAAUCAAUUAUUAAAGCUCUUGAGUAGUCGCCGCAAUCAUAUUGAAAUCGUAACAUUAUAAGCGAGAAAUUAUACGUAAAAGUUUCUUGCCAUUUGUAAAUAAAGAGAAUUUGAAUAAAACAAAAUAAUAAGGUCGUUUUGAAACACUUGUAAAAAUAGGCAUCAACUAUUUUUUUUCCUUAACAGUUAGUAAAUAGUCGUAGAGGACAAAUUAAAUAAAACUUAUUUAGGCAAAAACACACACGGGCAGCUAUUGAAAGGAGUAAAAAAUGUUUUUACGUAUUAAAUUCAAAUAACUUUACUUACGACCUUUUUCUACGAAUUUAGUAAAUACAAAACAAGUCACAUUUUCACAAUAAAACACUUAAUAAUGAAAUGAUAUGCAAGACAAAAUUUCAUUGUUAACAUAUCACUUUUCAUGCCUAUUCUAAUUCUUUCCGCAAUACUACAUUGCCACCGUCAACGCAGAGUUCUCGGCUGACUACUCAGAAGUUUUAAAAGCAGUGAUAUCAGAUGUUAUGAAAACAUUAGUCAUUUCAAGAUUAAUGAUUCCUUGCAUCCGGCCAUAUUUAUAACAAAAAUUUGUACUAUAUUACAUAUGGCGAGAUGCGUCCAAUAAGCAUUAGGAAAUGCUUUUUACUGCUCAAACAACGUUAGAUAACGUAUGUAAUUUCAUAGAAAAUGGACAGUAAAAAUAACCAUUUUAUCAUUCCAA